UAUUUGUGUGUGUGUGUAUAUACACACACAUAUAUAUGUAAUUUAAUGCAUGUUUGUGGUGUUUAGUUUUGUGUAUGGCAUCAGACUAUAUUUUUUUACAAUAAAAAGAAUCAGAGUUCUUUUUUUACUUCCAUUAGAAAAAAAGGAAAAGAAAGCCUAUAAAGCAGAGCAGUAGUGAGUAAAAUAUCAUCGAUAUCAUUGGCCUUUGCCAGAAUGUAUCCAGUGGCCCCACCACCUCCACCAGGACCAACAACAAGUACUGCUGUAGGAGCUACUGGUAACACUGGAAGUAAUGUUGUUGCCUCUAAUACAAUGGGCUUGGUUCCAGCACAGCAAACACAUACACCUCCUCAACCACCAGAUUUACCAAUGUUUGCUUGUCCACGUAGACCAAACAUAGGUCGAGAAGGUAGGGUGAUUGGUCUCAGAGCAAAUCAUUUUCAAAUUACUAUGCCACGUGGUUAUGUUCAUCAUUAUGAUAUUAAUAUUCAACCUGACAAGUGUCCACGAAAAGUUAACAGAGAAAUCAUUGAAACAAUGGUACAUGCAUAUAGUAAAAUAUUUGGUACAUUGAAACCUGUUUUUGAUGGUCGAAACAAUUUGUACACUCGAGAUCCCUUACCAAUUGGUACGGAUAAAUUAGAACUGGAGGUUAUACUACCUGGAGAAGGCAAAGAUCGAGUUUUCAGAGUUGUAAUCAAGUGGGUUGCUCAAGUCUCUUUAUUUGCCCUUGAAGAAGCUUUAGAAGGUCGAACUAGACAAAUUCCUUAUGAUGCCAUCCUUGCUUUAGAUGUAGUAAUGAGACACCUUCCUUCUAUGACCUAUACUCCUGUUGGUAGAUCAUUUUUUAGUAGUCCAGAUGGUUAUUAUCAUCCACUUGGUGGUGGUAGAGAAGUUUGGUUUGGUUUUCAUCAAUCUGUGAGACCUUCACAAUGGAAAAUGAUGUUAAACAUUGAUGUGUCGGCCACUGCUUUUUAUAAGGCUCAGCCAGUUAUAGAAUUCAUGUGUGAAGUUCUUGAUUUGCGUGAUAUCAAUGAUCAAAGAAAGCCAUUGACUGAUUCACAAAGAGUAAAAUUUACUAAAGAAAUAAAAGGUUUAAAAAUUGAAAUUACUCAUUGUGGUACCAUGAGAAGAAAAUAUAGAGUUUGUAAUGUAACCCGCAAACCAGCCCAGAUGCAAUCAUUUCCAUUACAACUGGAAAAUGGGCAAACAGUAGAGUGUACAGUUUCAAAGUACUUCUUAGAUAAAUAUAAGAUGAAAUUGCGUUACCCUCAUUUACCAUGCCUUCAAGUGGGUCAAGAACAUAAGCAUACAUACUUACCCUUAGAGGUAUGUAACAUUGUGGCUGGACAACGCUGUAUAAAAAAACUAACAGACAUGCAAACGUCUACAAUGAUAAAAGCUACAGCUCGCUCUGCUCCUGAUCGUGAAAGAGAAAUUAACAAUCUUGUAAGGAGAGCAGAUUUUAACAAUGAUUCUUAUGUUCAAGAAUUUGGGCUGACCAUUUCAAACAAUAUGAUGGAAGUUAGAGGGCGUAUAUUACCGCCACCAAAGCUCCAAUAUGGAGGUCGAGUUAGUUCACUAAGUGGACAGACAAAGCAACAAGCACUGCCUAAUCAAGGUGUGUGGGAUAUGCGUGGAAAACAAUUUUUCACUGGAGUGGAAAUUAGAGUGUGGGCCAUAGCAUGUUUUGCCCCGCAAAGAACCGUACGUGAAGAUGCACUGCGGGCGUUUACUUCACAACUCCAAAAGAUAAGCAAUGAUGCUGGAAUGCCGAUUAUAGGUCAACCAUGUUUUUGCAAAUAUGCGACCGGACCAGAUCAAGUUGAACCCAUGUUCAGAUAUUUAAAGUCUACAUUUCAAGCUUUGCAGCUUGUAUGUGUUGUUUUGCCUGGAAAAACGCCGGUAUAUGCUGAAGUAAAAAGAGUUGGAGAUACACUCUUGGGAAUGGCAACUCAAUGCGUGCAAGCUAAAAAUGUUAAUAAAACUUCACCACAAACUUUAUCAAAUUUGUGUUUAAAAAUUAAUGUGAAACUUGGCGGUAUAAACAGUAUUUUAGUACCUAGUAUAAGACCAAAGGUAUUUAACGAGCCAGUUAUAUUUCUCGGCGCUGAUGUAACCCAUCCUCCUGCUGGAGAUAACAAGAAACCUAGUAUAGCGGCAGUAGUUGGUAGUAUGGAUGCCCAUCCUUCUCGUUACGCAGCCACUGUUAGGGUUCAACAGCAUCGACAAGAAAUCAUUCAAGAACUUAGCUCUAUGGUGAGAGAACUUCUCAUCAUGUUUUAUAAAAGUACGGGUGGAUACAAACCACAUAGAAUUAUUUUAUAUCGAGAUGCUGUGUCAGAAGGUCAAUUUCUACACGUUCUUCAGCAUGAACUUACUGCCAUACGUGAAGCUUGCAUUAAGCUUGAAGCAGAUUACAGACCUGGCAUAACUUUUAUUGUCGUUCAAAAAAGGCAUCAUACACGGCUGUUUUGUGCAGAUAAGAAAGAACAAAGUGGUAAAAGUGGUAAUAUCCCAGCUGGAACAACAGUUGAUGUUUGUAUUACACAUCCUACAGAAUUCGACUUCUACCUAUGUAGUCAUCAAGGAAUUCAGGGAACAUCAAGACCUUCUCAUUAUCAUGUACUCUGGGAUGACAAUCAUUUCGAGAGUGAUGAAUUACAAUGUCUAACAUAUCAAUUAUGUCAUACAUAUGUAAGAUGUACUAGAUCAGUAAGUAUCCCUGCACCAGCUUAUUACGCUCAUCUGGUUGCUUUUCGUGCUAGAUACCAUCUUGUGGAAAAAGAACAUGACAGUGGAGAAGGAUCUCAUCAAUCGGGUUGCAGCGAAGAUAGAACACCUGGUGCAAUGGCAAGAGCAAUAACGGUUCAUGCUGACACUAAGAGGGUCAUGUAUUUUGCGUAAAUGUUAGCUGUGUCAUCGACUUAUUUUUAGGUAAAAAACAGACAGUAAGAGAGAAAUUAAGGAACAUAAAAUUGCUUGUCAUCAUAUUAAAAUAGGUGAUUCAUAUGUAAUGGGUAAAUAUAGCUUAUAGGCUACCAACGCGAAAUAUUUUCUUGAAUGGCCAAUUUUUUCUUUCUGGGAAAGAUUUUCACAGAUAAUGAUUUAAGUUUGCAGUUUCAAUGCAACUUUAUACAAACUUUAAACAAAUUGAUAAUGAAUUAUGUAGAAAAUUAGAAUUUUAUUCAGCAUUUAUAUUAUUUUAUUCUUUUUUCAUAAGUCAAAAAUUGAUUAAAGACAAAAAAUUAUUGAAAUAUUUAGUUGAGUUAAUUAAAUUACACUAGUAAUUAUAUUCAUGUUUACGAAAUGCACAGUAUGCUUAAUCGGAUAACUGAAAAAAUUACAGUAAAAAUGGUAAAACAUAGCAAUAGUAAAAAUAAUUUCUUUUCUGUUUUAAUAGUAUAUUCUAAUUUUAAAUAUAAUAUAGGCAAAUAAAAAAUUGGCCAUACCAAAUUAAAGUUAAUGGCCUGUCAAGAGAAACACCUGCUUUUGAUAAGCAGAUCUUUACUUUAUUUGAGGAUCUAACUUCUUGAACAUAUUACUGAAGUCAGUACUAGUAUUUUUGGCCGACAGACCUUUGCUUUCAAGGUUCCUAUCUUCUUCGGUUGAUACGUUUCGUUGAUAUCUAUUGGUUUGAUACGUUUUGUGUAUAUCUCUAUUUACUAAAAAAGAUAUGUAUAUAUGUGUGUGUGUGCACGCGCGCGUGAGCGUGUGUGUAUAUGUAUAUAUAUAUUUCUUUUUUAGUUACUAUUAUUCAAAGACAUUGUAAUCGUUUAAUGAAAGGCUUUUAAACAAAACUACGAGUAUCGGACGUCGUUAUUAUGUACAAAAAGUUAGUUCGCCAGACCUGGUCAAGAUCUAUUUUCUGAAGAAUGGAUCUUCAACUUAUAAAACAUAAAUCAAAAUAUGUUGAUGAGUUUUGAAUUAAAUCAACACUAUUACAAAAAUUGAAAAUUUAUAAAUAUAGUAAGUGACAUCAGUAAUGAGUUUAAUUGAAUUUCGAAAACAAUUUUUAUCCGGAUAAUAAUUUAAAAACUUUGUUUUAAUAUUAUAGUUUUCUUGUAACUUUUUACAAUUUUAAAUUCGAUAUUAUAUAAAUUGACAUUGGAGUUUUAUUAGUAUAAUAAAUUGUAUGAGUCCAAUCAUAGAAAACAUAGUAUUUGACGAUAAAAAUAAAUAAUUAUUCAAAAAA